AAACCAUACUGUCGGUGGCGCACUGGCCACUGGCGCUUAUUAUAAUAUAUAAGAACACAAUUUCACGUAUUCUUUAACUUCUUGGACGAAAUUCUGUAUCCAAAUCGUAGCGCAUUUACCAGUCAUUGCCUUUACAUUAGUGAGUUUCGACUUCUGUAAUUUUGCAUCCUUCCCACUAUCGAUUGUUGUAAAUUCUGUAAUAAUUCAAAUUUAUCUUUUUCGUAUUAUUGUAAUAGAUUACAACUGCCGAUUGCAAUACAUUAAAUAUUAGAACAUUUGCUUAUACCUAUUACCUAUAAAUAUAUUAAUAACAACAUAUCUCAGCGCCGUCAUUACAUUUUUUUAAAGCAACACCACUAUUUCAUUAGCCCUAUAAAGGAAGUACAUUUCCAUUAAUAACAAUGCCUAAGAAGAAAAUAAUUCAUCAUGAUGAACCUGUACCCGUGAGACCUCAUAGAAAUAUGAAAGCCAAAGUAGUGUUUGAUCCAUCUGAUAAUCAUAUACCAAAGAAGAGAGCUAAAUAUUCUUUUAAAAAUGAAAAACCUAUAGAAGCUAGUACUGUAAAAAAAACUACAAAUGUUAAAACUCGUGUUAAAAAAAGAAAACCAGUUACCACAAAAUCAAAAAUUCCUCCGGUAACCGAAUUAUUAGAUGGUUUGUCAAUUGAAAACAAUACUAAAUCUCCAGUAGUUUCACCUACAAAUUCUCCAGUAAAAAAAAUUGUUGAUGCUGAAGAUCCUCCAGAUAGUUGUUUUAUUUGUUUAACAAUUUCAGGAAAGUCAGAAUUAGUUGACUGUACAAUUUGUUCGAUCAGAGCUCAUAGACACUGUUUAAUAGUUAAUGAGCCCAUGUGGAAAUUCAAAUUAGAUUUAGGUCCUUGGCUCUGUAAAGAAUGCAGAAAACAAAAUUGUUGCAAAUGUCUCAAAGAUGAUUCCCGGUCGAAGAUACAGCGUCGCUGCAUAACUUGUGAAGUUGGUUUACAUUCCAUGUGUUAUGAAUCAUGUGAUAUUAAACCAUUACAUAAAUUAGAAACCGAUAUGUAUGUAUGUAUCCCUUGCAUGACUUUGGCUACUCAAAUAAACCCAGAAGAAGAAGAAGAAGAAGUAGUUGAAGCAGUUGAAACAGUUAAAGCAGUUGAACCAGUUGAAGCAGUUGAACCAGUAAAUGAUGUUAUUAAAGAUGACGUCGAGUCACACACCUCAAGUAUUGUGUCUAUAUCAUCUGACGAAUAUGACUCAGAUUCAAAAAGUAAUGGAUCUUAUAGUUGUUCAUCGGACAAUGAAAAAUAUGAUGCAUAUAAAAAUAAUAAUAUUCCGAAUAUAAUAAAAUGGAAUAAAGAUCAAGUGUUUGAAUAUUUAGCAGAUCUUUUACCCCAAGAAAUUAUUGAUCAAAUAAUUAAAUAUGAUCUUGAUGGACGUGCUAUACAAUUACUUCAACGGAAUGAUAUCGUAUCAAACAUGGGUUUGAAACUUGGACACGCCAUGAAAUUUUACAAACAAGUGCGAAUUUUACAAUCGCAAAGUACUUUCAGUCGCAUAUUUUGGGAAUAAUCAUAAUUACACCUAACAUCCGCUUAUCAUUGAAUGAUUUAAUAUUGUGUUCUUGUUUUUUUUAUAUAUAUAUAUAAUAUAAUUAUAGUAGGUUUAGUACCCGUCCUUUAUAAAUGUUAGAAACAUAAUUGCAAUUAGAUACUAUACAAAAUACUCUAUGUUUACCAAUAGAGAAAUGUACUUGCUUAGCUAAUUUUAUAUAAAAAUCUAUAAUUGUAAAUAUUUUAGUUUUGGCUUCAUAAAUGUUUAUAAUGUGUGAUAUAAAUAAUGAUGAAAAUAAUUAAAACAUACUAUAGUGGCCAUAGCUCGACUAUGUACAUAAUCAUUGUUAAACUAAAAAAAAACCUAUAAUAAUAGUUCACUAUAGGUACACGAAAUACAAAAAUAUGUAAUUAACAAUAAUAUACUUUAUAUAUUUAAAUAUCCUAUAUUUUAAAUAAUAUUACUACCUACAUUCUACAACCUGAUUGUGUUUAUAAUAAAUAGUAUCCAUGUUAAUCGUAUAAUAUAUAGGAUAUUAAUAUUGGUAUAUUUUAUAGGCAUAUAAUGUACAUUUAUAUAUAUAUAUAAACAUUUUUAAAACUAGCUAUCAUUGUAAUUGUGUUAUAUUAUUUACUUGUACAUUAAUACAUUUUCAGUGCUUGAAUUGAAAGUACACAAGCGGGUUGGAGACCCUGUUCUUUCUAAAUAUAUUUAUAUGUACCGUACCUCUUCUAACUAUAUUUUAAUCAAUAAGACAUUAUAAACCUUAGCAACCACCUUCUAAUUGUUCUCUAUUCAAGCACUGCACAUUGUUGAUAUUAUGCUGCAUUGCCUGUUUCUGUAUCACAUUCUUUAAACGUUUGUAGUCUGUACCUUAUAGUUAUACUUAUUAUUGUAAUAUUAUUUAUUUUUGUCUAAAAAAGAUAUGUCAAAGAAAUAACCUAAACGUUUUAAAAUAGUA